UGGCACCAUUGGCCUUGAAGGUUAUUUGAAGGUCACAUGAAGGUCACCUUCAAUUUCUUAAAUGGACUCUUCAAGGUCAAACCAAUGGUACCAUGUUAUGUCCCCCUCGAAGCCGUACAACUUUUGUCUGAAACACUUUCUAACAAAACUUUUUCUUAUCGAGAUAUUCGACCGUGUCCAGACUUUUUUAACGCCCAAUAUAUUCGAGUUGGAGAGAAAGGGAAGAAGCAAAGUAUCCAAGCGUAGAAAGAGCAGGGGAAAUUUACACCUAACCUAACCUAACCUAAUCUAAUCUGACAUUAGUGACAGGAUAAUUUGUAUUUGUGACAUCACAUUACUUUGCAAGAAUAUUCGGCUCUCGUUUUGACAUAAGAAGAUAACUGGAAAAAAUGAUUAGAUUAAUGGAGGAUAUUAAUUUGCAAAAUUAUACCCUUAUUUUGCCGUCAGUGGCGGUUGGAAAUGUCGGCCAAUUAUCCGUCGACUUGCUCAUUUCCAAUCUUAACCUUCAAAAAAUUGGACAGAUCUUCAGCCCGGCGUUUGUGCCUAUUGUCGGCGCAAAUGCUUAUCACGAAGGCUCGAGCGAGCUUAUCACGGCGAUUGACAUUUAUGUGGGAGUCAAGGAAUGUGUCGUCGUCCUGCAAAUUCGUUCGCCAUAUGUGGGAGAGUUAACCGGAUUUUUCGAUCACCUGGUGCGAUUUGUCAUUGAAAGAAAAAUAGCUAAGGUAAUAAUUCUUGCAAGCAGCUACGAUUACGAGAAGAGAGAUAUCCAGCCACAGCAUCUUAAAUUGAGAUAUGUCGCUUCUUCUGGCAUACAAUCUGAAAAUGGACAGCUUUUCGAUGAUCUCAGUUGGAUUUCGCAUAAACCAAAAGUUACAUCUGAUACAAGGCAAGAGGGAAAGUUACAGAUACCAGGAGGUGGAUUCGCAAAGAGUAUAUUUAACUUUUUGUCACAUGCCGAUAUUCCUUGUGCCAUCUUGUUCAAAUUCUGCUCCGAGGGAGAUAAUAUCGCGGAUGCGGUAGCCCUGGUGUGCUAUUUAAAUCAAUGGAUACGUGUAUUAGGAACAAAUAGUGAUAAUUUAAAAUAUCCACCAUCUUGGAAACACCUAUUUGGGAAACCGCCGCCACACAAUAUAUAUUAAAUAUAUUGUAAUAUAUCUAAUAUUAUUUUGUUAACUUCACAAUAUUUUUGCCAAGACUAAACAUAAAUUAUAUCCGAUGGAAAGUUUCACAAUUUAAAGUAGUUUU